CGUAACCAAUUCAUUACAUCUGUCUAUCGGGGGGGGGGAGACAAAAACAUGUCAUUUAUUUAGCGUUUUCUGGGAACAAAGUCAGUGCCAUGGUCAUUGCAGGUCACAAACAGUAAACUUUGAAGACAUUUCAUAUUUGUAGUUUGGUCAGCUAAUACCACACGUGGCAUAAAUAGAUUUUCAAUGUCUGGUGCAAUGGAUGAAACGGAUAUGUACAGGAAGAAAGUUAAAUUGGCUGAAGAUGAAAUUCUGACCUUGAAGAACAAAAUUGAGGAUUUGAAAGACAGCAUCACAGAGAAACAAGAUCAUGAACUGGCAAAAUUGAAAACUGAAAACUCUAAACUUAAAUAUCAAAUCAAUCAUUUGGAAAAGAGUAUUUCUUAUGAGAAACAACAGUUACAAGUUUUCAAAAACAUUCUUGGAGAGCUAGAAGACUUAUUUUCUAUUGCAAUAUCUUGUCUCUAUCCUGGUAUUGAAGCUCCCAUUUCUGUAAAUAAAUCAACUUCGGAAAAGUUUGGUGAUUAUCAAUGUAAUAAUGCAAUGGCUAUAUCACAAAUUUUAAAAGGGAAAGGAGAAACAGCCAUCCCUAGGGAUAUUGCUAAAGCAAUUGUCAACCAUAUUCCUAAGAAUAAUAUUAUUGAUAAGGUUGACAUUGCUGGCCCAGGUUUUAUCAACAUUCACAUUAAAACUGACUAUAUUGAAAGUUUUGUAAAUGAUGUACUGAAAAAUGGUGCUCAGGCACCAGGUGUUGGCAGAAAGAAAAGGGUGGUUGUUGACUUUUCAUCUCCAAAUAUUGCAAAAGAAAUGCACGUAGGACAUUUACGAUCAACAAUUAUCGGAGAAAGCAUAUGUCGACUUCUGGAAUAUGUUGGACAUGAUGUUUUGAGACUUAAUCAUGUUGGUGAUUGGGGCACACAAUUUGGAAUGCUCAUUGCUCAUCUGCAAGAUAUAUUUCCAAACUAUCUCAUCGAAUCUCCUCCAAUUCAAGAUUUGCAGGCAUUCUACAAGGCAUCAAAAACAAGAUUUGAUGAUGACGUAGAGUUUAAGAAGAGAGCCUACGAAUGUGUUGUGCUGUUACAAAACGGUGAUCCAAAUGUUAGAAAAGCGUGGAAUAUGAUUUGUGAUGUGUCAAGAUGCGAAUUUGACAAAAUCUACAAAAAACUUGGUGUUACGUUGAUUGAAAGAGGAGAAUCAUUCUAUCAAGAUCUGAUGGAAGAUGUGGUUCAAAAUUUAGAAAAACAAGGAUUAGUUCGUGUCGAAGAAGGGCGCAAACUUGUUUUUCCCUUUAAUGUAAAAGUUCCUUUAACUAUUGUCAAAUCAGAUGGUGGUUUUACUUACGAUACUUCUGAUCUCGCCGCUUUAAAACAAAGAAUAUUUGAAGAAAAAGGAGAUUGGUUGAUUUAUGUUGUUGACGCUGGCCAGGGAGUUCAUUUUCAGUCCGUUUUUUCAGUUGCCCGCCAAGCAGGCUGGUAUGAUCCCAAAAAUACUCGGGUUGAUCAUGUCGGUUUCGGUGUUGUUCUCGGCGAGGAUAAGAAAAAGUUCAAAACUCGUUCCGGAGACACAGUUCGUUUAGGUGAUCUUCUUGAUGAAGGCUUAAAGAGAUCUUUGGAUAAACUACUGGAGAAGGAAAGGGAAAAGGUUCUCACAGAAAAGGAACUUUCUGCUGCCAAGACAUCCGUUGCUUACGGUUGUAUAAAAUAUGCUGAUCUUUCGCAUAAUCGUACUAAUGACUAUAUUUUCUCAUUUGAUAAGAUGUUAGAUGAUCGAGGAAAUACUGCUGUGUAUCUUCUGUAUGCAUUUACAAGAAUAAGGUCGAUUCAAAGAACUGCGAAUGUUGAACAUGAUAAGCUUAUUGAACAUGCUUUGUCGACGUCAGUCCAACUUAAUCAUCAAAAAGAAUUGAAAUUGGCAAAAUGCUUAGUACGUUUUCCCGAAGUUGUUCUUCGCUUGUUGGAUGAUUUGUAUUUACACUUGCUUUGUGAAUACUUGUACGAAUUGGCGACUACCUUGACGGAGUUUUAUGAUGCCUGUUAUUGUGUUGAAAAGGAUAAAAAGACUGGGGAAAUUGUUAAAGUGGAUUAUAACAGACUUUUGUUGCUAGAAGCCACAGCGCGUGUCAUGGAGAAAGCUUUUUUUAUCAUUGGCAUUGACCCUGUUUCUAAAAUGUAGUAAACAAAAUGUUAUUUUGAUACGCAAUUACAUUGAUUGUGAAUGGAAA